AGGAAGGAAUACACAGAACGGAGAAAGUAUGUGAUUCAUAUAAGUAUAUUUCAAAUUGUUAACUAAUGUGCAUUUGUGGGUAGUUCAUAUAUACUGUACAAUGUGCAUAUUCAAUAGGUAAUCAUUGCAAAAUGAUCGCAAACUUCUGCUUGAUGUAAAAAUACAUUAUUUUUGACGAUCACAUUUAGCUGAUAUUUGACUAGCUUUCUUUCCAGCUCCCAUGGAUCUUAGCAACAGAACGGUCGUGCAGGUGGUGGUGUUGGCGUUGGUAGCGCAGGUCACGCUCUCUCAGCACUGGUCGUAUGGCUGGCUACCUGGAGGGAAGAGAAGUGUUGGGGAGCUGGAGGCCACCAUCAAGGCAAGUACUAUUUACCUCUACCUGUAACUACUGUUACAGCUAUGUCUACAUGUGCAUACUGUACAUGUAAUUGUCCUUUAAGGAAAUCUACUGUGUCUUGAAAACCUGUGAACAUUUAAAUGUGGCAUUUAUCGGGAUAGUUUGUGUGGAAUAUUAGUUCAAGAGGCCUUUUCAAGAGUAUAUUGGCAAUGUAUAUUAAUUAAACUCUGUAAGUGUGUUGCAUAAAUGGUAUAUGGGUAAUAGCCUUACAAAUUCCUCCUACAUAUUGCUAUCCAGAUGAUGGACACAGGAGGUGUAGUGGUUCUUCCUGAGGAGACAAGUGCACAUGUCUCAGAGAGACUGAGACCAUAUGAUGUAGUAAGUAGUCAUAUUAAUUUAUUAGGUUAGAUAUUGUAUUCAUUGUAUUCCUAAUGGCCAAUUAUUUAUGUUUCAUCUGAAGAUGCUACAUUUUCUCCUGGUAAAAUAUGUUGUAAACAAUAUACCAAAGUAUCUGAAAUAAAUGUUUAGAUAAGAGUAAUGGCUGACAAAUGGAAAUCUUCCCUGAAUUUAGCGAAGUGAUACCUAUAAAUGUAGGGAGACAAUGUUGCUCAUGUCUGACACAUCAGUAUAAUAUACAACAUAAAGUAGACUUCUGAAGUUAACGCUUUGAUUUCCCUAGAUAUUGAAGAAAUGGAUGCCCCAUAAAUAAACAACUGAGACCAUUAUUCACAAAAGAAGCGAGAAGACAACAUCAAGCAGACAUACAGCAUC